CUUCAACAAUCCAGAUCACCCCUCCACGUCAUCCCAUUCAAUAGCGCCUCUUCUUCCCUCGCAGUGGAUCCCUUCCGUGACACCUUCUCUAACAGCCCCAUCCUCAACCCGACCACACUCACCUCCAUCCAUCACCAUGCAGGCUGCACAGCAGUCCUGGGAGUUCGAAAAUGCCAUCAGCCUCAUAGACCCGCAACGAGACACGCUCUACCAAUACGAUGAAGAAACGCACAAAGCCCUCUCCGCCGCCCGCCCCUGGGCCAAAGACCCGCACUACUUCAAAUCGAUCCGGAUAUCAGCCGUCGCACUCCUAAAGAUGGUCAUGCACGCACGCUCCGGCGGCUCCCUCGAAGUUAUGGGCCUCAUGCAAGGAUACAUUCUCCCGGAGACGUUUGUAGUGACCGACGCCUUCCGACUCCCCGUCGAGGGAACCGAAACGCGAGUCAACGCCCAAGACGAAGCCAACGAAUACAUGGUGUCAUAUCUGCAGUCGUGUCGGGAUUCAGGGCGGAUGGAAAACGCCGUCGGUUGGUAUCACAGUCACCCGGGAUACGGAUGCUGGCUAUCGGGAAUCGAUGUCACCACCCAGGAUAUGCAGCAGCUCGGCGGGCCGUUCGUUGCUGUGGUGGUGGAUCCCGAGCGGACCAUCUCGGCUGGAAAGGUGGAUAUCGGUGCCUUCAGGACGUUCCCAAAGGAUUAUACCCCGCCUAAGGGUCAGCAGGAUGACGAUGGGUAUCAGACUGUGCCGUUGAGUAAGGCGGAGGAUUUCGGCGCGCAUGCUUCGCAUUAUUAUUCCUUGGAGGUGUCGCUGUUCAAGAGUACCUUGGACUCGGAGAUCUUGUCGCUUCUGUGGAAUAAGUAUUGGGUCGCUACGCUGAGUCAGAGUCCCCUGUUCACGACGCGGGAUUAUGGAAGCAAGCAGAUGGUGGAUUUGAGUCAGAAGGUUAAACGGGCCACGCGAGGGAUUGAAAGCAAUGCUUCUCGAGGUAAUCUAUCGCAGAUCAAGGAUCAACAGGUGGAACGGGUGGCGCGCGAUGGCCAGCGGAUUGUGUCGGAGGAGGUGAAAGGUCUGUUGGCGGCGGAGGUGAAAAUGAAACUCUUCCAGGGCAUUGGGGAGGGAGACAACACGGAGACAUGAACCCGCUCGACGAUGAGAACCCAUGGCAGCCUAGAGCAGCUCUACGAAUGAUGAGAUGACCCAAUUGACGCACACCACCUCUCGCUGUGUAAAUCGAGCACUAAAAUCUAGACUUCCAACUACAACUGUCCC